CGAACCAAGCAUGCCGUCGCAUGCGAAAUAAAAGAGAUGCUGGACACAGUUCGAGAUGCCGACACAGCCAAAUCACUGCCGUAUCUUGUGCCGGCUCUUGUCGAAUUGCUUCAAGCCGGAGAACCCGUGUCUCAAAAAGAAACUAUUGAAUACCAGUUUCGUCGAGUUUUGUUCGAAAUCCUGAACCGCCUCCCAGUUAAUGAGGCCGUACGCGUUCACUUUGAUUCAGUUUUUGCCUGCAUGUUGCACGUAUUACGCCACGACAAUGAGGAAAAUGGCAGCACGGCUUGCAAAACACUGGUUGACCUUAUUCGCAACUACCGCUCGCUGAAGAAAGAAGGUCUGUCGGAAUUCGUCAUUAUUUUUCAAGAAGUGUUUGGGAACAUGCGGGGACUUGUCGACCAAUACCUCUCUGAAGAUUCUGCUCUACUUGAUGCCAACUCUGCUUUUCCUGCGAUGCGGAGCUUCAAAGUGCUUGGAGAGAUGGGUAUGGUCAUGGUCAUCAUGUCGCAGCUCAAUCGCUCUUUAGUCCAAACGUCGAUACAAGAUACUACUGCAUCUGCUUUUGAUAUGCUAGCGUUAGAAUCACCAGCGCAACAGAAGGCACGCGUGGAGUACGAGGCUAUGGGAGGAAUAUGGGCUGGGAUGACCCCGUCUAUCAAGAAUGCGUCAACAUACAGCGACCUGAUUCACGCGCAAAUCAAGGCACGAUUUUUUUUUCAUUUGUUAAUUUGGCUGAUGACGUGCGUCCAGAUGUUGUCCUAUUUGGCAUAUGUAAUGCGCUUUACUGGUGACCAGGAUGAUGCAUACGGAGAAACUCUUAUCUUGAGUGCGUUGCGGAUUCUCCAAGACUGCCCUGCUAAUGGUAUUGCACUCCGAAAGGAAUUAAUGGUGGUAUUUCGCCACCUCAUGGGAACACCUCACCGCCGUGCUUUAUUCAUCCAUCUUGAUAAACUCUUUGAUGAACGUGUCCUUCUUGGCACUGGAAUAGCCAGCAAAGAAAUAUUGCGCGCUGUGGUCUAUACUGCUGUUGCAGACCUAGUCCAUCAUGUUAGGAAUGAACUCACUUCAUAUCAAUUAGCUCGGAUCGUCCAUGUCUAUUCAUCUCUGAUGCAUAAUCCUGCCCUAGGCAUAAAUCUCCACACCCUUUUUGCGAAGAUGAUGUUUGGGCUUACCGAUGCUAUCUCGACGAAGGAGUCAAAUGAAGGUGCAGCCAGGCUCAUUGGAGCUAUGUUUGAGACUUGUCUUGAAAGGCUCGAGGGGUUAUGUACUGUGUACACAGACAUCAGCGCCAAUAUCGAACGGGCGAAGAGUAUGACAGAUGUUUCUCAUGUGGAUUUUACUUUCAUCGAAAAGGCAAGACCCGUAGGUGGCGCUGUCCAUGCCAUUGAAAAGCCGGAGGAGGUCAUGCACGGUCAGCCCAUCCACUCACAGUCCCUUCACAUAAUCUUACCUUCACCAGAAUCCCGUCUUAUCUAUAGGACACUUCUGCACGGUUUCCGUGUUUGCCUUGCAGCCAUUAAAAAAGCUAAUGCAGGUUCACCUGAUGGGACCUUGAUCUUCCGUUUCUUUGAGGGUUGUAUCCGUUGUAUGUCUUUGUUCGAUCCGGAUCCCCGCAUGAACGAACAAAAUGAUGCCAUUGAUUGGUUCGGGCACGCUCUCCUCGAAAUCGAUCCCCACACUUUCCAGGAAGUGUGGACCCACAAGAUGGAGUUUUUUUUUGCAUGUGCUCAAAAGCGGAUCAUGCUCCUGAAUAUUUGUCAAUUCCUCUUCACCCGGGAAAAUACCUCCCCCGCUCUUCUCGCCAUUGUCUUGCGAUUUCUCAUCGACCGACUGCCAUCACUUGGAGAGUACGAUGAUCUCACUGCUGCGGCUACAAUUCGGUUGUUCAAAAUGGCGUUCGGGGCGGUUGCAUCACACCCUGCUACGAAUGAAACCAUCCUAGCUGCUCACCUCGCAAAGUUACUCAUGGACUGUUUUCCUCUUGCUGCGAAAGCAACGAAACCAACGAACUAUUUUCAUCUUCUGAGAGCUCUUUUUCGGGCCAUUGGUGUUGGUGGAGGACGUUUUGAGUUGCUUUACAGCGCAGUCCUUCCUCUUCUCCCGGACAUGCUGGAAAGCUUGAAUCGGCAACUCCUCGCUUCUGAAGGUCAAACGCGUGACAUGAUUGUUGAGCUUUGUCUCACUGUCCCGCUCCGACUCACCCACCUUCUGCCGCAUCUAACUUACCUUAUGCAGCCGCUGGCGUUAGCUUUGCGAGGAAGCCCCGAACUAGUUUCUCAAGGGUUGCGCACUCUCGAGCUUUGCAUUGAUAACUUGACGCCCGAUUUUCUGGACCCUACUCUCAGUACAGUUCUCAGGGAACUGAUGGAGGCAUUAUUCAGUCAUCUUAAACCCGCCCCUGCCAACCAUCAUCCUGCCCAUACCACUAUCCGCAUUUUGGGCAAACUUGGGGGGCGCAACAGACGGUUAUUAACGAAAGAGCCUGCACUUAACUUUCAUCAUCACUCAGAGUCGGCCAAAAUGGCCAUUUUCUUUGGGGGGAGUUCUGAGAGAAUCGAUCUGGGACCGGCGGCUUCAUUGGCUGCGCGGGUUGUAACAAAACAGUCCUCGAUCGAUCGCGUCCACGCGUACCACUUCUUGGAAAAUUGUCUCUCCUUCAUUUUGCAUGAGGGUAUCAAAGGCCGCAAUGUUGAAGAGGUAUUUGUGAGCUCACUGGAGGGCGUUUUCGAUGCCGUUCAUAUUUCGGAAAUUCAUGAUCAGGCAGAAGCAUUUGUUCGGAAGCUGGGCCAUGUCAUCUUUAAUGCAGAAAUUAAUCGGUACAAGACAGGAGAACCGACUGGCAGACCUCCCUCUCCUAGUAGCCUCCUAUCAUGCUAUCUAGAUGCCUUCCCGCAUGCCCUGGCCCAAGAUCAAAAUGAGGCUGCACACAAGACGCAGUCUGUCAUUACGUCCAUUAUCUUGGAUCUUCUCUCGAUGAGCAGUCAACCAGAUGUCACCUAUCAGCACAUCCUGUUGAUAUUGCAUCAGAUUGCCAAUAGGUUCACUGCUCUUUGUUUGGAUGAUUCCUGGGUUCGGAAGCGUGCUGGCUGCAGCGGCAUCAAGAUUAUGACUUGCACCCCUGACAUCGGAGUGAAGUGGGUGACGGACCGUGAGGUGGACCUCAUUCGCACUCUUCUACACAUCCUCAAGGAUCUUCCUCUCGAUCUUCCUCGAAAUGUCGACGAUGUGGUGGAUGUCCUCAUCGACGUUUUAAAAAUCAGUCACUCUGGUCUUAAUUUCCAGGGCGAAGGCAUCGCAGUGGCUCGGAGCAAGCUGAUUCAUUUGAUGGGAAUAUUUUUUCCAGAAUUGCAAAGCUCUAACCCCGUUGUGCGACAAGCAUCGCAAAGGUGCAUUGGGUUUUUGGUCAACUUUAGUGGGCGUCCAGCAGUGGAGCUCCUCAUGCCUCAUCGUGAUCGAAUGCUCGCUGGCAUCUAUACAAAGCCCCUCCGAGCCCUUCCAUUCUCAAAGCAAAUUGGUAUGAUUGAAGCCGUUCGCUACUGUGUUAGCUUGGACCCACCGCUUGUUGAACUCAACGAUGAACUACUUCGACUUUUGCAUGAGACAUUGGCGUUGGCGGAUGCAGAAGAUGCACAACUUUCAGGGCCUCGUGUGCGGCAGGGGGGCGUUGAAAUUAUAAAGCUUCGAGUGGCGUGCAUAAAGUUGCUCACAGCUUCGAUGCCUCUGACAGAUUUCUUUUCGAGGCAACCUCAGACUCGUCAAAGGUAAGUUACUGGUGUCUACUUUAAAUCCCUCUAUUCUCCUUCACCUGAAGUCAAGGACGUCGCCCACGAAGGAUUGCGGAUGGUCCUGACUCAUCAAAGUCGGCUUCCAAAAGAGUUGCUUCAGACUGGUCUACGGCCCAUUCUGAUGAAUUUGGCUGAUCCCAAGCGCCUCUCUGUGCCUGGUUUGGAAGGUCUAGCACGGCUGUUGGAACUCCUGACAAAUUAUUUCAAGGUUGAAAUUGGCCAUAAAUUGCUCGAUCAUUUCCGUAUCGUCGCAGAUCCACAAAUGCUCCAGUCGUCAUCAAAAGUAUCGUUGCCGGAGAGCGAGGGCCUCACAAAGCUUGUGCGCCUUGCUAACAUUUUUCAUCUCCUUCCGUCAGCUGCAAACAUAUUCCUUGAAAACUUCAUCAACGCCAUUGUUCAAACUGAGACGCAUAUAAAUUCCUCAACGCAGAGCUCAUUUUCAGAACCCUUGGCCAAAUAUCUUGAUCGGUAUCCUAUGGAAGGAAUCGACUUUUUCAUCCGCCAGCUUCAGUCUCCUCGUCAUUUGCGUACAUUAAGGAGUAUAUUGCAAGCAAAAAUGGCACCAAAUCUCCAGCGUGAAUUAGCGUCCCGAACCCCGACCAUCGUACAUCAUCUUCAAGGUGUUGACUCUGCUCAGGUCAUUGCUGCUCUCAACAUUCUCGACGACCUUGCUUCCUUAAUCCCCACGUGGCUCGCGCAGAAUGGAUACGUAAUCGAGGCUUUAGUCGAGUUGUGGCAUUCACUAGCUGCGCCGCCUGACCUUACUACAUCUGCUGUGUUGGAAAUCAUCCAUCAACACUCAAUAAUCCAGGCCAUCUUUAUCAAAGCCCUCAAACAAUCUCCCCGCAUCGAUCUACUUUUUGAAAUCGUCUCUCUCUAUAAUCGUAACCUUGGAGUAGACGUCAUCCAAACAACAAAUUUUCUCUACCAACACGUUGCACUCAGCGAGGAUGUCCUUUUUCGGCGCAAUGUUUUAAUGCGAUUCCUCACGUGGUUCACCGACGUGUCGUAUUCGUGGACUCAAAAAGCACACUUCAUUCGGUAUAUCGUGACGCCGACUCUCCUGGCUCAAGCCACGCGCCCAUCCCCAAAUGGGCGACUGCUUGAUACAGACUACGUGAAUCGACUGCAUCGGAUUAUCUGGCAGCCAAUUAUCGAGGGUGGCACUUUCUCGGACACUGAUGAUAUGUUUAAAAUUGAGCUUCUUCACCUGACAACUGUUUUGGUACACCAUUAUCCAGAGCUUCUCGAGGACGUGAGGAAGGACAUUAUGAAGUGUGCUUGGUUCUACAUCACUACUAGUGAUGAUAUCAUCGUGAAGCAGACGGGUUACCUUCUAGCUGCUCGUUUUUUUGCAGCAUUCCCCACCCCCCCCAAAUUCAUUUUGCGAGCUUGGACAGGAUUGCUCCGUAUCCCGCAUUCGGAAGGUCGUGCUCACGUACGUCACGAAGCGUUGGCGACUCUUGCGCCUUCCCUUCCCCAGCACGAUGCAGGAGAGACCGGUCAUCCUCAGUGGGCAAAAACCACCCGGAGAUUGUUGGCCGAGGAGGGUCUUGCACAAAUGCUUGCCAUAUAUCACCUCAUCGUCAAGCAACCCGAACUGUUUUACCCCGUUCGCUCUCUGUUUGUUCCGCAUAUUGCCAAUUCCUUGAAUAAGCUUGGGAUGACAGCCUCUUCAACAACAGAGUCUCGGCUGCUUUCGAUUGACAUCUUACAAGUUAUUUUUACGUGGGAAGAGCGGGCCUCGCAGGCGGCCAAGGUUGCUGAGGUAGAAACAAUGAUGCCAGGGGAACAAACAUGGUUAACACCUCUACCACUACGGGAGAAUAUGGUCAGUUAUCUUGUACGCCUGGCAACUAUCCCCCACGAUCAACUAGCCCGAACCCCUGUUGUUCCACGGAUUCUUGCUUUGCUUCAACUGAUAGUUGGACCAAACGGCUGGUCAGACGUCACUGUUGGUUUGCGCUUCUUCGCUCGGGCCCUCGAGCAGGCUGAUCUCAAUAGUGAUGCUCAUCUCAGCCAGGCUCUUUCAUCUGCAAAAGUUCUUCAUGCCAUCACCACGGAACGUUCCGACUCGUGGUACACGGCUAACGCAACCAUUCUUCAGAAACUUAUACGCAAAGGUCUGCUCACGGACGACCAUGGGCUGCAUGACACGCUCCAUCCGAUCUUCGAUCAACUUAUCCGGUUAUACCCAUUGCCUAAAGAGGACGAUGAUCAAUCUAGCGAAUUAUCCGAUUUUCACAAUUUUAUCUACAGUUCCAUUGGAGAUAGUUUGCGAAAUUCAAUCGCUCUGCGAGGCAUCCUUAUGAUGCUCAAGUCAGUUGUGCGCACCACACCGGAACGCAUUGAAACCUUCAGCCAGCUUCUUAUGAAACUCCUCAGUAAACUAGCCAAAGACCACAUUCACUCGACAGCGACAACUUCUGGCUAUGAAAACAAUGUCCGGCUCAUAAUGGCUAUCUUAGAUAUUUGCCAGUUUGGAGUUGCGUUCCUCGCAGAUCAAAGGCGAUGGUUACUCAGCACUCUCGUCGCUUUGGUGGAAAAAUCUAAGAGUCUUGUGCUUUGUCGGUACAUGUUGGAUCUCGCGAGAACAUGGGCUAUGCACAGGCAAGAAGCUUAUCCCACGAUGAAAGAGAAGGCCAGUCUUUUGCAAAAAAUGACGCAGUACGAAACUCGGGGUGACACGCUCUUCACGCCUUAUCUUGACCUUAUCUACGAGAUAUACACGGAACCAACACUCCGGCGCAGCGACCUAACAACACGACUUGAACAAUCUUUCUUACUUGGAUGUCGUGCUAAGGAAGCUUCGCUACGAGAGCGUUUUAUGGACUUGCUGGACAUCAGUGUUCCCCGGUCGCUGUUUAGCCGCUUGACUUACAUUCUGGGUGUUCAGAGUUGGGACGUACUUGCCGACCAGAAUUGGAUUCACGUCGCUCUGCAUUUGAUAUUGGGCGCUGCAGAUUUCGAAGGAAGUCCGACGAAUGAGAGACGUCAAUUACCGACAGGUCCAUUCUCCUCCAUCAUGCGUCCUCAAAGCCAUAAAAUCAUUCGCCCAAUGCAGCGUUUACUUUGCUUAGAUCCUAAAAUCGGUCAUGAAACCUGGGUGUCCGUUUUCCCAGCAGUUUGGUCUUGUCUUUCUCGCCGAGAACAAAUCGACAUCACGAAUCACAUGAUCAACCUCCUUAGCAAGGAUUAUCACGUCAAGCAAGCAUCAGUGCGACCAAAUAUUAUACAAACUCUUUUAACAGGAAUACAGGCAUGCUCUCCUCCAAUGAUUUUACCACCCCAUCUGGUAAAAUACCUCGCGAAAACAUAUGGAGCAUGGCAUAUUGGGUUGGAAAUUCUUGGGGCAUCGUUGGAAUUGGCAAAAGAUGACGAACCUAUCACUCGCGACUAUGUGCACGAUUCGUUGGCUGAGAUAUACGCGGAAUUAGCUGAAGAGGACAUGUUUUAUGGUCUGUGGCGGCGCCGCUGCCUCUUCUCAGAAACGAACAUUGCUCUUGCCUUUGAGCAAAACGGCAUGUGGGAGCAAGCGUCAAAUGCCUAUGAAGCCGCACAGAACAAAGUUAGAUCAGGUGCCACUCCUUUCUCUGAAGCCGAAUACUGUCUAUGGGAAGAUCACUGGGUGUUAGCUGCGGAGAAACUACAGCAAUGGGAUAUCCUCUACGAGUUUGCUAAAAGUGAGGGCAAUCAAGAACUGAUGCUCGAGAGUGCAUGGCGAACGAAAGAGUGGGCGGAUCAUCGGGAAAGCCUCGAGGAGCAGAUCAAUUUACUUCCUGAAAUCCCCACGCCCCGUCGAAGAGUCUUCGAGGCCUUCAUAGCGCUUCUAAAACUCCCUGCUGCCUUGGACAAAAAUGUCGAAUUUACGAAGCUUCUCGAGGAUGCUAUGCAACUUUCGCUUCGAAAAUGGGUUGCCUUACCACAGCAUCUGUCCGUAGGGCACAUACCUCUUCUCCAACACUUUCAACAAUUCGUAGAACUUCAAGAAGCCGUUCAAAUUUUUGGAUCUUUAUCCGCAACCAACGCCCAAAAUCUUGAAAAGAAAUCCUCUGAGCUUAAAAUGGUGCUUCAAGCCUGGCGCGAACGGCUCCCAAAUGUGUAUGACGAUAUCAACAUUUGGAGUGAUCUUGUUGCUUGGAGGCAGAAUGUCUUCCACUCCAUUAACAAUGCAUAUAUGCCCCUGAUUGGCGGUCCUAACCAGGGGAACGCCGGAACUUCCAGCAGUGCCAACACCUAUGGAUAUCGCGGCUUCCACGAAACUGCAUGGAUAAUUAACCGCUUUGCUCAUGUUGCUCGCAAACAUGACCUGCUCGACGUUUGUUUUACGUCCUUGACAAAAAUCUAUACCUUGCCCAACAUAGAAAUCUCAGAAGCCUUCUUGAAGCUGAGAGAACAAGCUCGGUGCCACUACCAAAAGCCCAAUGAUUUACAAGCUGGUUUGGAGGUCAUUAACAACACAAACCUCAUGUUUUUCUCUAUCGCCCAAAAAGCCGAAUUCUACACUCUGAAGGGUAUGUUUCACGCCAGGCUGGGUCGUAACGAGGAUGCAAAUCUUGCCUUUGGACAAGCCGUUCAGUUGGAUAUGUCGCAAGCCAAGGCCUGGGCUGAAUGGGGUCGAUUCAGUGACCGCAUGUUCAAAGAAAUACCAAAUGAUUUGUCCUAUGCGAGUAAUGCUGUUAGCUGCUACCUUCAAGCUGCAGGAUUGUACAAAAAUGGAAAGAGCCGCCCUUUACUUUCUCGUAUCCUUUGGCUUCUUAGCGUGGAUGACAAUUUGUCCACCAUAUCGCGAGCGUUUGACACGUACAAAGGAGACGCUGCCUUUUGGUUCUGGAUCACCUUAAUCCCUCAAUUAUGCCUUUCCCUCUCCCAUCGGGAAUGGAAGGCGGCUCGAUAUGUUUUGCUCAAUCUUUCCAAGCAUUAUCCUCAGGCCAUAUUUUAUCAACUCCGCACCACUCGAGAGGAAAUGCAAAUAAUGAAAAAGGCUAUGGCGGCUCGUGCAGCUCAGACACAGGCUUCUCUAGAUUCGUCACGCCGCCUCAACUCAGAUCAAUCUAUGCGAGAGGGAACCGAUACACCUGUCAACGAUCCAAGUACUGUUCAGCCCACAACUACGCCGUCAGACAACAACGAGCGUCCUCCAUCAGUCACUGUUCAUCCCAGCGCUCCCGUCGUAGCCGAACCUUCAGCUUCCUAUCCCCGCCAGCCGUGGGAACAUGUAGAUGAAAUUCUUCAGACCUUGAAGACAACAUUCCCUCUCCUAAUUCUCAGUCUAGAAACCAUGGUUGAUCAAAUACAACACAAAUUCAAGCUCUCACAAGAAGAGGAUGUAUAUCGAAAUGUUUGCAUGUUAUUGCAGGAUUCCAUCCAGAAUUAUGUACUUCGGAUGAAUGGUCAAGAAGAUGAUGGUACCCUCAACGCGGCCACUGUUUCAACGCUUGCGCGUAUGGCUUCCAAUCUGACAACUAUCAAGGUAUAGUUUGAAGAUGAUUUCAUCACGAGUAAACCCAAUCAUUCUGAAUAUAUGCAACGACUUCAGCGAUGGAGAGAUCGAUUUGAGAAAAUUCUCGAUGCUCGCCCUCGCCUCCAACCUUUAGCAGUCUUGAGCCACUAUUUGACCGAAUUCCAGUAUAGCAAAGUUGAUGAAAUUGAAGUUCCAGGGCAAUACACUGAGGACAAAGAUACAAAUCAAGCCUUCAUUAGAAUCCAGAAAUUUGCACCCAAGUUCGAGAAUUGCCGGUCCACUGGUUCCUGUUGGAAACGGAUCACCCUCUAUGGCAAUGAUAAUUCAAAAACCUCAUUCGUUGUUCAACUUCCUUGUCAUCGACAAUACCGUCGCGAAGAUAGGGUGAUCCAGGUCCUUCGAAAUUUCAACGGUGCUUUGAGUCGCAAGAAGGAAAGUCGGAAGCGCAAUCUUUCGUUCCAUAUACCGGCAUCAGUUUCUUGCAGUCCCUCCGUGCGUUUGUUCCAAACCGACUCUUCGUAUGUUUCUUUCGGAGACAUCUAUGACCACCAUUGUGAGGAGAACAGCAUGCUAAAAGAGGAGCCAGUCUUGCAUGUAGGAGAAAAAGUUAAAAAGGUUCUACGGGAGUUCCGCCAAUCUGCAACAAGACAAGUAAGUACGUUGUCAUUGGUAAUUUACCAUACCGAAUUCAUCACAUUGAAAAAGGAUCUCUUUGAAGAAGUAGCUAUCAAGCUGGUGCCAGAAGAUGUACUCACCAAAUUCAUGAUGCGAACUAUGUUGGGACCUUCAGAACUAUGGAGGAUGCGGAAGCAAUUCGCUUUACAGAUCGCAUCGACCAGCUUCAUGACAUACGUCCUCUGUCUCUCGAGCCGGCAGCCAGCACGAUUCCAUCUCUCUCGAGCCACUGGACAGAUCGCGAUGUCAGAACUUUUGCCAGGUGUAUCUAAUCAAUUGCCCAUCUUUGCCACGAGUGACAUCGUGCCAUUCCGACUAACCCCGAACAUACAGAAUUUCCUCGGGCCUGUGUCGACAGAGGGUAUAUUGACAUCCAGCAUUAUGGCAUUGGGUCGAUGCCUCACCGAACCAGAGUUUGACCUAGAGCAGCAACUUUGCUUGUUUAGUCGUGAUGAAGUUAUAUCGUGGAUGUCGAUGCGGGGUAAACCUUGGGCGGUUGACAUGCUUUUUCGACAGAGUGUUGCCGCAAAUAUCGACGGGGUGGUCAAGCGCGCUGAAACUAUGGCAUGUAAGAAUGAAAGGGAAAACAGCAAUGGGGCGACGGCGACGGUUCCAGCAGUUCAGACUGUUACCAACCUGAUAUCAAGCGCCACAAAUCCUUUGCAGCUUGCGAAAAUGGGGGAGCUUUAUCAACCAUGGUUUUAA